AAGUAUGUUGUGAAGAAUUAUUUCUACUACUACCUGUUCAAGUUUUCAUCUGCCUUGGGUGAAGAGAUUUUUUACAUCACAUUCCUUCCAUUCACCUACUGGAACAUCAAUCACGAUGUGUCGAGGAGGCUGAUAAUGAUGUGGUGUAUUGUUAUGUACAUAGGCCAAGUCACUAAGGACAUCCUGAAGUGGCCUCGUCCUCAUUCACCUCCUGUUGUGAAGCUGGAAGUCAGAGCAGAUUAUGGAAUGCCAUCCACCCAUGCCAUGGCAGCUACAUCCAUUUCCUUCACAUUUUGUAUUGCAACAAUAAACCAAAACAAGUACUCACUUGUGUUAGGACUAAUGGCAGCAUUUGUAUUUUCUACCCUGGUGUGUCUCAGCAGACUUUACACUGGAAUGCACACUGUACUGGAUGUGAUUGGUGGAACUCUGAUUUCAGCUGCAUUAAUUAUACUCACAUAUCCUGCAUGGGAUAUCGUAGACCGCUUGAUGUUAACCAGUCCAUUCUGCCCUAUACUUUCCAUAGUCGUGCCCCUUCUCCUAUGUUACAACUAUCCCAAACUAGAGGAUUACAGCCCUACUCGAGCAGACACAACGACUGUCCUUGGAGCAGGAGCUGGAGCAACCAUAGGAUUCUGGUUGAAUAACCUAUAUGAAGCACCAUACUAUCCCAACGAAAGUCUUCAUCUCAGCCUUCAUCCAAUCAGUGAAAUGAUGAUGGUGGUGCUGGCAAAGUUCUUAGUAGGGAUUUUUAUUCUUUUGGUCACACGUUAUUUCAUCAAAGGCCUGGCCCUCCGUGUGUUGUGUUCUAGGUACCAGGUUUCUCUCAACGAUCUAAAAGUCAGACGACGACUGGAAAUAGAAGUGCCCUACAAAUUUAUAACAUAUUCUUCUGUUGGCUUCAGUGCUACAGUGCUUGUGCCAUUAGUACAUGAGUUAUUAGGAUUAAUAUGAGUGUGAUGCAUUGUUAGAAAUAGUUUAUUGCAAAACCAUGUUGGAGAUGCAAAGAAUUUACUCAAAGGAAAAGUCUUGACCAAAAAAUGUGUUGUGCCUUUCUGCACUGGCCUAAAAUAUCUACUAUUGAAUAUCCUAGGGAAUCACUGAAUGUAAAUAAUUUAAGAUUAGAAAUUACUGGCUAGUCUAUACCCACAGCUACAGAUCUGUGAUCCAGGUGGUUAGUAUGAUGAGUACAAAAACAAGAACUCCUGAUUGUUUUGUUUACUUUCCAAAAAGUUAGCAUGUGCUACAGUGUCAGUGUUGUGACACUCAUGGUUCAGCCUCAGUACUUCACUCCUCUGUUUUGGAAACAUCACAAAGGUGAUGCUCACAUUGGAUAUAUGGCAGGUUUCCCUCACUGCAUCCUGCAAUCUCUGAUGGCCUCCGACACUUCAAGUAAGGGAUUCUGUUUUAUGCAUCCCAUGUAGGGUGUAGCAGAUACAAGAAAGCAAUUCUGCUGCAGGGACAGAAUCAGCUCCACAGUGGUCAGGAAUUGGGGUUAGUAUAAAUACUGCUACUAAGAAUAAGAAAAGUGUGCAUGCGUGAGCAGCAGGGUUGAGAAGGUCUCAUGUGGAGAAACUGCUGCCAACCUAGUAUUAAAGCUCCACUCUCCAGCCUAUCAUUGCUCAAUAUUGUGUUCUCCUGGGUAAUUGGGCAGCCAGAGGAAGAAGUUGCUGAGGGAGGAAAUCUACAGGGAAGGUAGCAGGAAAUUAGAAGUGAUCAGAAAGAGGUAAACUUGGCUAAGUGGGUGGCUAGCCAAAAACAAAAUGAGAAUGGCUUGAAAUGACGUAGGACCUGAUGCUGCCAUGAAGCUGCGCUUGAAAACUGGCAUUGAUUCAGUGGAAGUGUCCUGCUGACUAAGAUGUCAGGCUCUCUGAAUAGAUGCCAUUGGGAACUAACAUGCACAGAAACCAUAAACCUAGAUAAGGUUACACAUAUGUGUUUCCCUUGUGACUGCUCUUAAUUGUUAAAUGUUGAAAUUUUAUGACACUUUUUGUACUUGUUACUUGAUGUAAUCCGUCUUCUCAGUACACAGACAGCUUUCCUUGUUAAGACUUGUUUUACCUAUUGGAAAACUAACUUUUUUCUUUUGUGUUUCAUACCAAAAAUCUGACUGAAAUAUUACUGAAAAUUCUGCUUGGCUAUGCUUCAACUAGGGAAGUGAGCCACGUGCUCCUGAAUCAGUAUCCCAGCUGACAUGAUUCCCUCUUGG